AUGGAUGAGGGUACAGUAGCAAUUUUGGUGGCGAGAAAUUCUUCUGGUACCUUAGACUCCAUGGGAAAAUAUUAUGGUGGCCCUUCAAAUCAAAGGGGUUUACUUUGUUCAUAUGAAAAACUAAUACAAAGUAAAAAUAGUCAACAUGAACUACUUAAAGGAGAAAAUAAAAAAAUGGCAAAUAAGACUGGAGGAAUAAGAACAGAGCAAUCUGAAACAAACGAAAUGAAAGCACUCUUGCAGAACAGAAAAACGGAGUUAACAGAACUUCGAAAUUUGAGGUAUCUCUUACAACAAGAAAUCAAAAAGAAUGGAAAUACUGUUCAUAUUCCUGAAAACUUCCAGUCAGUGUUAAGACAAAACAAAGAGCAAAUCAGUAAAGCAGUUGGAGUAGAACGACCUGAAACCUCUCCUAGGACAAUGUGUAUGGAGUUGAAUGACAUAAAAAAUGUUUUGAAACAGUGGCAAGAGAUAAAGUCUCAACACACAGAGGUGGCACAUAGUUCAAAGAAGAUGCAAAAUCACCGGCAAAAAUUUAAGAAACACUUAAAACUGUCUAAGAAGAAGGUAAAUGAAAAUGAAGAGUUUACAUCCUACAAAGACUUAGAAACACGAGAAUUGGCACUGGAUAUUACAAUGCUCAGAGAUGAGCGCGCCCCGCACGCGCCCCGACCCGGCCUCCAACGGCGCUGGGCCACGCGCGGCACGGUGAGCGGUGGCGGUUGUGGCGGUGGAGGGAGAAGGUGCGCAGGCGCGGUGAGCGGUGGAGGUGGACGGAGACGGUGCGCAGGCGCGGUGAGCAGUGGCGGUGAGGGGAGACGGUGCGCAGGCGCGGUGAGCCGUGGCAGUGGUGGCAGUGGAGGGAGACCGUGCACAGGCGCGGUGAGCGGCGACCGCGGACCGAGUGCCCGCGAUCCCCGACGAGGGGCACGGGCGGGAAUGGCGUGCGGGGCCCCCGGCUCGGCCAUGAGGAGAGCGCUCCGGUGCUGCUGGGGGAACGCCGGGCAGCCGGGGGGCGCGGACUCCCCGCGGAGCCUCGCCCACUACAAAGCCGUCACCAAGUGGCACCGGGCGGCCAGCGCGGGCGACGCGGCCCGAGUGCGGAAGAUGCUGGUGCGGGGGAAGGCGGACGUGAACGCCGCGGACAGGCACGACCGGACGGCUCUGCAUUUUGCCUGUGCCUAUGGCCACCCAAAAGUGGUGACCCUCCUUCUGAGGAGUGGUUGUGAAGUGGAUGCUGUGGAUAGCGACUGCAACACAGCUCUGAUGAAGGCUACCCAGUGCCAACAAGAGGACUGUGUGUGUAUUCUGCUGGAACAUGGUGCUAACCCAAACAGGAGAGAUGCCUGUGGGAAAACUGCCCUCCAGCACGCCGUUUCGGUGGGGAACAUCAGGAUAGCUGCGAAACUGGUGGCAUUUGGGGCCUACGUGGACAACAUCAGAAAGGAUAUCCUGUUAGAAAUUAGCAAUGCUGCCAAGGAAGAUGAACAACACAUGAGCAACACAUCAUUAAAGAAUGAAGAAGAUGAAGGCAAAGUUGAUGACAUGGAAAAUAAAUGCCGGGGACAAGAGGAAAGCAACGAAGAAACUACUGCAUCUCAUGAAAAUGUUCCCGAAGAAGAGCAUACUAAGAAACUCCACGUGAAAACACAACUUGAAACAGAUAUGAUACCACCGGAUAUGGAACUGAAUGGUUCAGAGGUAAACGUGAGUGAGGAUGAAGCCUUGGCAAUUACCACUCCUGAAAAGGAAUGUGAACACCAGAAGACAGAAACAACAUUAAAGAAUGAAGAAAAUGAAGGCGAAGUUGAUGACAUGGAAAAUAAAUGCCGAGGAAAAGAGGAAAGCAACGAAGAAACUACUGCAUCUCAUGAAAAUGUUCCCGAAGAAGAGCAUACUAACAAACUCCACGUGAAAACACAGCUUGAAACAGAUAUGACACCACCAGAUAUGGAACUGAAUGGUUCAAAGGUAAACGUGAGUGAGGAUGAAAAUGUGCACAUCCAAUCCUCCAAAUGUGAACAGCUGUCAAAGGAAAUGGGUGUCCUCAAAGAGGAGUUACGGCUCAUGAGAAGCGCAUAUGAGUCACAGACAGAAGAAUUUGCAAAGCUGACUCAUAAACUAUACAGGGCAAAACUUCAGACCAAGCGAUACAAAGAAAUCUCUAAGGUAGAACAGUGCAAAACCUUUGUGACUCCUUACAUGUACUGUUUAUGUUACAAAAGUCUAUUAAUCCAGCACUUUAUUUCACUUCUGUUUGAUGGAAUGUUUUAAAAUAAAACAACUACAUAAUAA